CUGUGCUGGAAAUCGAAAAAUGCUAUUACAGGAUAUAAAGUGGUGCUGGAUAUUGGCAGUGAGCAUCAUAAUUCUGUUAAACGGGACCCUCUUUAAAAUCAGUAUAUGUGACGCCUCAGGUAAUGAAGCACAAAACAAUACGAUCUGCCAACAUAAAAAGAUCCUUGCUGUCGCUAUGGGAUCAUUACAAAGUGGAUGUCAUUUCUCCUCAGAUGAACUCCACGAUGAAAGCAAUGGGAUUAAACUCUGUGUCGUUUCUAAUCAAAAUAAAGCACAAGCAGGCUGUUGUAAUAUUUUUGGUUAUGACUGUGGGUUUGAAAUAGAGGAGAUUCCUAACCAAAAAUACAGGCUAACUCUGAUGGAAAGUACUCUAUCCACACAAGAUAUUGUCAUAAUGACUACACCGAUGCAGACCUUCAAGUGUACACCAUCCCACGUCUACAACCACUCAGGUUUCCUUUUAAACCCUAAGAAUUGUUUGGAUUCAGGUGACAAGAAUAUUAGAGUGACAAAAGAUAACAUUUUUGGAAAUAAUGUGAGCAAUGAUGACCAAGGUUGUGAAGGUGCAGACGGAACAAAAUACAGGAUUAUAAUAACCCGUGACCCUAACAGACAUUUCAGGUGUAUGAUGCCAGAGGAGCCAGAUGUUUCUAUAAUACUUCCCUCCUCAGGCAACAAUAACAUUACCACCAUUGACACUGCUGUCAACAUCUUUAAUAAUCUUUCGUACCUGGUGGAAAAAAUGGGCGAGUCCAACACAGCAGCCGUCACAAUAGGCAACGUUCAAGGAAUUAUCUCAAAACUGCAUCCCAAAAAUCAAUCUCACAUCAACAUGUGCAUUACAACACGUGGAGAUUUUAAUUUCUGUGGGACCAAUACUACUUUGGCGAACAAUUUUUCACUAUCUGUGCACAUCCCAAAAGAAGCAAGUACCAUGGCGAUGAAGAGAAAUGGCUCAUUUGCUGCAGUUUUCCGAUUUACAGAAAUGGAGCAGGAUGAGGAUGUUGUUUUACUUAACAAUGAGAUGCUGGGAAUUGACAUGGGAGUAAACAUUUCCAACCUCACAGAUACUAUAGACAUUAAGUAUGGAAAUGUGGAAAAGGGAAAAAUUGCGUCUUGUCAAUCAUGGGAUGGGAAAGGAAAAAACCCAAUCUGGAUCCCGGACGGUUGUAAGACACUUCAGAGCAAUGGCAACAUCACAUGCCAAUGCUCUCAUCUAACAUUUUUUGCAGUACUAAUGUCACCUCCGCCUGGAAACAUAAGUUCCUCUGAUUUUCGAUCUCUGUCGUACAUCACGUCUAUUGGCUGUGGUGUGUCCAUGUUUUUCUUGGCAGUGGCUCUCUUCAUGCAUUUUACUAUCAGGAAAAACCGUGUGAGCCUUGGCACUAAAAUCUUGAUGAAUCUCUUUCUUGCCAUGUUCACCCUGAACUUGACCUUCUUGACAAAUGAGUUAAUUGCAAACCUGGAAAUCUUUGGUGCAUGUGUGACAAUAGCUGUUUUUACACAUUACUUCAUGCUGGCUACCAUUACCUGGUUUUUCAUGGAGGCACUACACUUGUACUUUAACCUGUGGAAGAACCCCGCUGAUAUCAAACAUUACAUGAUGAAGAUUUGUGUCACAGGAUGGGUCACACCAGCUGCAGUGGUGAUUGUUCUUCUUGCCCUGAGAAUGUAUGACUACAUGGUCAUUUAUAUUGAUGAUGGCAACUCAGCUAAAAUGUGCUGGAUCUCGAAUCCCAUUCUUCACCAGGCUGUGAAUGUUGGUUACUAUGGGGUAGUUUUCAUCUUCACCAUUUGCAUAUUUAUUGCAACUGUGCAAACCAGUCUACGAUUCAAGGCUGCAAUAAGGAAAAGUCAGGACAACAACUCUGUAAACUCAAACUCGUUCUCCAUUUUGGGCCUGUUCAUCAUGUUGGGCAUCACCUGGGCCUUUGCUUUCUUCAGCCAUGGACCUCUGCUCAUAGCCUCCUAUUACAUCUUCACCAUCCUCAACUCCUUUCAAGGUUUCUUCUUGUUCAUCUACUACAUCAAAAGCAGCAAAACUGUUGCAGAGAAGGAAGGCAGUGACAAGGACACCAGCAGCACAGUGGCAUCAAACAUCACCCUCAACUCUAUUUCUAAAUGAGAUGUUUUUAUCAAAAUGCCUCAGAUUCAACACAAGAGGGCAGCAUUUUCUUUCAUAAGUGAGGUGUGUUUAGUAAGAUUAUGAUAAUAUGUUUCAUUCUCCCUGGCUCGACUCACUAUCAAAACGUCUUGACUGAAUGAGUAUCCUGAGUUGAAUUACCUUCAUUGAGAAAAGCACUCUGAAAUAAGUCUCCUGGAAGUCAUUUGUGUUGAUGACUCCCUGUUUUGACAAAAGCCUUGUCUUACUCACCGUGAAACUUGCAGGGAAGGUUAUGAUUCACUCAGAAUACAUCACAGCCCCACUAAAUCAAAACUCCAGUCAUACUCUGGAAUGUACAGAGCAAAUGUUUAGGAAGAAAAAUAUUGCUACCUUAUGACGGAUGUGCUUGUCAUAUGGACUGAAGAUGACAAAAUGCAGAAAUAAAUAAAUAAAUAAAGGGAAGUCUUGGCCCUCAUAUUCAACAUAGGGGGACGAGCUAGCCAGCUAGUGCUUUGCGUGCCUGCAGAUAAUUACCUUAUGCCUACAGAGAGCAGUAUCCACAGAGCCGGGAGUCUGACUGACUUACAAGAAAUGAGCUCAUAGCUACCUAUAGUGAUAAGAAGCUUGAGGGCAUGCUAUUAUGUUGAAACUAAUCUCAAAAAUAUGAUGGUAUUUACCUAGAAUUUUAGAAUGUUUCAUCUGUAUUUGUAUUGUUGUCUGGUGUUUUUGUGUAGGGUUUAUUAGAAUAAGACUGAAUUUAUUACUUUACAUACAGUCGUGGAAAAAAUUAUUAGACCACCUUUGUUUUCUUCAAUUUCUUGUUCAUUUUAAUGCCUGGUACAACUAAAGGUACAUUUGUUUUGACAAAUAUGAUAACAACAAA